AUGGAUUUUCGCUCCCGCACAGACUCCGCAGAGGAAGCUCGCCACCGGGAGGUGAUGGACGACAUGGGCGUGUACGAGGCCCAGUGGGCGCUGUCGAAGGUGGCGGAGCAGUCGGACGUCCAGCCCGGGCAGAACCGGCUUCUGCUCACCAAGGACACGGUGCGCGGCGGCUCUAUCCCUAAGGUCUUCCCGGAGCUUGAGCAGCUCCGGGAGGACGGCCUGAACGCCGAGGUCAAGGUUCCCGUCAUGGUCCUCGACGGGGAGGGCCGGGAGUAUGCCGUGAACCUCCGGUACCUCAACUCCAACAAGGCAUACCGAGUCAUGGGCCCCCCCUGGAGGUUGUUCGUGCAGGAGAGCGGCAUGUCCAGGGGCGACCGCCUUGACCUGUACACGUGCAGGCGCGCCGACGACGGCAAGCGCUGCCUCUUCGCCUUCAUCACCAAGGGAUGCGACGCUUGGUGCACCAAGGCUCGUAAGCGCGCCCGGCAGCCGGCCGCCGACGCCAUCCGUGAUAUUUACGCGGAGUUCUUGCCCGCCAGUAAUGGUGGGCGGGCUGCAGGCGGCGGUGACGAUGGCAGCCAUCUUGAUCUCGGAGACCUCGACUACACCCGACCAAAGAGAGACCGUGGCAGAGAUCGCAGGAGAUCCAAGAACGGUGCUAGCCAUGUCGGGAGAGAAGAUCAUAAUAACCUGUUUCCGACGAACGACGGUGUGCACGCUUGGGCCGGUGGUUUCCAAGAAGACUACGGAUUCUGCAAGCCCGAGAGGAGAAGGGAAGACGACAAAGCACCAUCUUGGUAUCUUGAUGCCACUCCCGACGAAAUAGAGGCUGCCAAAGGCCUCCUCAUGCUCAAAUAUGCUCUUUUGGCUCAGCGUCGUUAUUAUUAG